AGCUGUCUCUUUGCUUCUCCACCCAGGCAAGCUGUAGUGGGUGGGGCCGAGCUGGAUGGGGCGACCCUGUGCUGUGUCCAUGAGGCUGUCUCCACCGCAGGCAAAGCCAGCCUGGACUGACUGAGCAGCCGUUCUGACCGGCCGAGGCGGCAGCAAGAAGUGCCAAGUCUAGAGCCUGGGUUGCCUUCACAGGCGGUGACCCUGCCAUGCCUGCCCCCCUGCUGCCGCUGCUGCUGCGAACGCUGCUGUCCCGUCUGCUGCUGCCCGCUGCCCGCCUGGCCCGCCGGCACCUCCUGCCCCUGCUGCGCCGACUGGCUCAACGCCUGGGCUCCCAGGGCACGCGCGAGGCUUUGCUGGGCUGUUUGCUGUUUGUCCUCAGCCAGAGACAGCCGCCAGAUGCCUCUGGGGAGGCCUCCAGAGUGGACCCACCGGAGAGGAAGGAGAGGUUAGGCCGCCAAAAGUGACGCUGGGAGUCCUGGCAGCAGGUGUAUUCCUCAAAAUGCUGUCUCUUGGAUUAACAGAGUCCUGGCAGCAGCCCUGCCUGCUGUGUAGAAGAUACAGUGGGGUCUGACACGAGACAGGUCUGGCUUGGACGUGCCUCUCACCUCCCAGCAGAAGUGUGUUUCUGGGGGCCGGUGUCACGCUGUAGCAGGGUGGGCUGCCGCUGCAAUGCCGGCAUCCGUUAUGGGCGCUGGUUCGUGUUGCGGCUGCUCCACUGCUGGUUCAGCUCCCUGCUAAUGGCUGUGAAAAGCAGCGGAGGAUGGCCCAAGUCCUUGGGCCCCUGCCACCCACGUGGGAGACCCAGAAGAAGCUCCUGGCUCCUGGCUUCAGCCUGGCUCAAUCCCCAGCCGUUGUGGCCAAUUGUGAACUAGUGGAUGGAAGAUUCUGUCUCUCUCUCUCUCCCUUUCUCUCUGUAACUCUUUCAAAUAAAUAACAUCUUUUAAAAAAAAUGUA